GGAGCGCCACAGCGGAGCGUCAGGUCGGCCAAGCCGUCCGGUCUUGCGGAGUGAAAAACUCUCUCCUACGCCCACCCUAAAGGAUCCCGUGCAGGAAGUCGGAAACAUCGCUACAUCUCCGGGACAGCCGGCGGCACCGCUGCGCAGAAGCCCGCGCGUCCCAUAUUCGGGUGACUGGGAAUGUAAACAAGAAUAAGCUGUUUGUUUCCUGAUGGCUUUUAGCAUAUACUGACAUACCGUUUGUGAUGGCAUCUGAGACUGAGAAGACCCAUGCUUUACUCCAGUCUUGUAGCACUGAAUCUCUUAUUUCCAGCCUUGGUCUGGGCAUUUUCUGCCUAGUAGCUGACAGACUUCUUCAGUUUUCCAUAAUUCAACAAAAUGACUGGCUUCGUGCACUCUCAGAUAAUUCAGUACAUUGCAUGAUUGGCAUGUGGUCAUGGGCAAUAGUCAUUGGAAUCAAGAAGAAGACUGACAUUGGAGAAAUCAUUUUAGCUGGAUUUUUAGCCUCUGUUAUUGAUAUAGACCACUUUUUUCUAGCUGGAUCCCUAUCUUUAAAGGCUGCUAUUACUCUUCCACGAAGACCUUUCCUUCACUGUUCUACUGUGAUACCCGCUGUGGUUCUGACCCUGAAGUUUACGAUGCACCUUUUCAAGCUCAAAGAUUCAUGGUCCUUUCUUCCCUGGAUGUUAUUUAUAUCCUGGACCUCACACCAUGUUCGAGAUGGAAUUCGCCAUGGCUUGUGGAUAUGCCCAUUUGGAGAAACUUCUCCUUUGCCAUUUUGGCUUUAUGUAAUAAUCACAUCAUCUUUACCUCACAUCUGUUCAUUUGUUAUGUAUUUCACAGGGACCAGCCAAGUGAUGUCUUCAAAACGUGGAAUUCAUAUUGAUGUCUGAGAUAACCAUAUGGCAGUCUUAAAGAACCAAUGGUUGAGACAA